UUUUUCCCCUCUUAUGUUUAUUUUUUCCGACUUCCAUAGUUGCAAGGAACUUCUUGGAUUCCUCCAAUGACGCUAUUACAACAUACCACUUCUAGCCCUCUUUUUGCUCUGAUAUCUGUCAAAAAAUAUAUCCCUUUAGGAUGUUUGUGUUUUUAUGUUGCAGGAAUGGAUUGGCCCCAACAAUUUUAACAUAUGUGUUGCCUCCUGCAAGCACUUCUUCGAAGACUAUGAGGCAUUCAUGAAAGUGCAAUGGAGGUACCUAGUUUUAGACGAGAGGCAAAAUGGUAAUAAUCUGACAGAGAAGCACUGGGAUGCAGUAUUCAGUCUCCACAGUAAUCACCGCUUACUCUGAUGGAUACACUUCUGCCUACUGCCCUAAAAGAUCUGUGGACCACUGUCUGUUUCCUGAUCCCAGAGAUUUCCAAAUUCUAUUUGGAUUUUACAAAGGUAGCAUCUGCAGAAGGGAAUGAGGAUCAUUACCAGACAGUGGCAAUAAGACUGCAGAGAGUAGUCCAGUCAUUUAUUUUGCGGAGGUCCAAAAUUCAUGUCGAGAAGCAGUUAGCGAGGAAAUAUGAGCAUGUGCUGAUGUGUACUCUUUCUAAACGACAGAAGUCAAUGUAUAAAGACAUCCUGUCUCAACCCAGAACUCAAGAAUGUCUUAGAAGUGGGCACUUUGUCAGUGUUCUCCAUAUUCUGAUGCAGCUCCUAAGGGUGUGUAAUCAUCCUGAUCUGAUAAAUCCCCGGCUUCCCAGCUCUUCCUUUGUGCUAGAGACACUGGAGUUUAGAACUGCUUCUCUAGUGCUGAGUGCAUUAAGAUGGGACCUUUGGAAGCACACAGACCAGUCUCUCUUUGAUGUGAUUGGGAUGGAAGACCAAAUGACUCGCUAUGAAGCACAAAUGCUGCCAAAACUGAAGGUAACUAGGAAGUUUAUUGAAGAGAUCUACUGUUCUCCUUCAUCACCCAGACUCGAGCCAGUGAAACUCAAACCAAAUAGGUUAUUUACACCAGUGCAGUAUGGACAAAAACCCGAAGGCAGGACUCGAGUCUUCACAAGGUCUCAAUUGCAGCAGACAGUGGACACAGCAACGGUUAUGGCAGACCACCAUGAGAAAAUACAAAGACGACAACCCCUUGCCAUGUUUUCAGAAUUUCAGCAUAGACAAGCCAGCAAGGCAGUACUCGGCCCAAUGGCUUCCACUACUGGAGCACAAGAGAGAAUUGGUCAGCCAGAGAAACCUGUAACGUUACAGUUUAGAGGGAAAACUUUUACUUUGUCUUACAGUCAAUUCUGUCUGCUUGUUGGUAGACAGUCUUUGAAGCAACAAGGUGUGACAUUAUGCAGUACACUUUUAUUUUUUUAAACAGUGAAUCUGUUGCUUGUCUUUAAAUUUGUUUCUUUCUAGAAGAGCAUGGAACUUCAGUGAAGCUCA